AUGAAAGAAGAUUUCUUGAGAAUAAACCAAAAUUUGGUUUGUGGGGGAAAAUUAUUCCAUGUUCGGUAUUGUGCACAUAUUCUAAACCUUAUAGAUCAAGAUGGACCCAAUGAAAUUAGGGAAAUUAUUCAAGUAAUUCGUCAGAGUGUGGAUCUCAUUAGAAGAACAGAUGUCAGACUCAUUCAAUUUGCUGACACUGUGAAGCAAUUGAAGUUACACGAAAGAAAGUUGGUUGAUGACUGUAAGACGAGAUGGAAUUCAACUUAUGAAAUGUUGAGAACAUCAAUAGCUUUCAAAGAAGUUUUUCUAAGAUUUAAAAACCGGGAACCAAGCUACGUUCAUUAUCCAACAGAAGAUGAUUGGAAUAAAAUAUUUUAUGAAGCAACCAAAAUCAUUUCAGGAAGUGAGUAUCCUACUUCUAACCUUUUUCUAAAUGAAGUUUAUCGUGUAAAAGUGGUCUUGGAUGAGAGAUCUUGUGACGAAGAAGAGUUUAUUAGAAAAAUAGUGCAAAAAAUGAAGGAAAAGUUUGAUAAAUAUGGGGGUGAGUGCAAUUUAUUAAUGGCGGUUGGUUGUGUUUUGGAUCCUAGAUGCAAAAUGCGAGCACUAGAAUUCACUUUUCCUAAACUUUAUACCCCAUUUGAAUCAGAAAGUAAUAUUAGAGAGGUUCAAAGGCUUUUGUAUGUAAUUUACAAAGAAUAUUCAGACGCAGCUGCUGAAAACUUCAAGGGUCAACAACUAGUUCUGAAUCUCAAAGCAGCAGUACUACCUGAAAAAUCUGAGUUGGAUGUGUAUUUAGAGGAAAUGUGUCACAGGCAUGAUCCAAGUGAUAAAUUUGAUGCUCUUAGUUGGUGGAAACUCAAUACAUACAAAAUUCCGGUGUUGUCAACUAUGGCUAGAGAUAUAUUAGCAAUUCCCAUUGCAACAGUAGCUUCAGAGGCAACCUUUAGUGCUGGAGGUCGUGUUAUUGAUAAGUAUCGUGCUUCUUUAGCUCCUACAACAGUCGAAAUAUUGAUGUGCGGUGGAGAUUGGUGUCGAAAACGACAUGGAGUGACAAAAAAACUAAGGUAA